AUUUGCCUAUAAAAACAGUGUGACUUGUGUCCCAUCUCACAUUUAGUUGCACUGGAAGGAUUUCUCUGCAUCCCGUUGGAAACACCUAUCAGCGCCGCGGCUGACACUUUAUUCGUUUGUAUAUAACGAUCGGCAUUUAAUUCCGCGUCUGUAGUUCCAUAGCCACCGGCAUAUAUCCCUGCCUGUAUACCGCGCCUGCCAGCCAAGAUUUCCCGAUCUACUUCCUAACGUGUAAAACGCCGGUGCCAUUCAGGACAAAUUAGAGGAGCGGACUUUUGAUCGCGGAUUGAGAUUUAGCCGUUAACCUGACAGUUGCCGGCAUCCCUGUCCCGCCCUGCUCGUCGUUCUAUCCCGAUACGCGCAUUUACAAUUGCUGCGGUAAGAAUUCGCUGAGUGGUGUAGCAGAAAGCCGGUUAAGCCGAUAUUAAGGAAAAUGAAUCAAAUUGUGGCUAUUGGAGUGAUUUCCGUUGCGGUUCUGCUGGCGAUAUCCUGCGGUGACCAUCGCGCGGAAGCGCUGCCUUUCGGAUUCUUGGCGUCGGAUCAAGACUAUGCCGAAGCAGAGCAGCUGCGCGACGGACUGAUCCCGGUAGGAGCCGGUGAAUACGGAAUGGCGACGCCGGAUAAGCGCUCCUGGCGUCAAGGUCCUAACGAUGAAUGCCGUACCUAUGCUGAGUGCCGUGCGCGUUUCGUCAAGUAUCUGGACAAUCUGCGGAAGAUGGGCAAAGUGGGAAGAUAAGACAGAGCACCGGGCGCAGCAGUUAACGGAGCCGGCAUUGAUUGGUACAUCCGCAUCACUCGAGUAUACACCGCGUGCAUAGAGAAAAAAAGAUCUCCAGUGCCGGCUGCGCGGUAACCAUCGCAACAUUCUCAUCCGGUUGUUCUAUAGCUUUUAAGUGUUAUUGUCAAAAACGCUAAAUUAGACCUGAAAAGAUGUGUGUUUGGACAAGUGGGUUAGCUUUUGCUUUUAAUUGACGCAUGAAAAUGCUAUGACGAAUCGCAAGUUUCUUGGUGUGUACGCUGCCGGCUGGCUGGUGUGGCUUAAAAAUAAUUGAUGUGUGGUAGAAUACGUGCGUUGAUUCGGUU